GAGCAGCCAUCAAAGUAGCAAGAAAACCAGGAGAGUGUGGUGUUGUGGAGGAACAGAAAGUUCUUCACUCAAGACGAAGGGAGUAGACAACUAUGUCAAAUGUUGGUGAGAAGUCAUGUGAAAUGAAUGAGGAAAUUAAUCACUGGAUUUGGCACUUUGGAGGAGGUGAGUGCCAGUGAAUUAGCUCAUGAAGGUGAGACAGGAACACGCUGACCCACACAGGACAAGCAUGGCACCGCCUUCCAGGCACUGCCUCCUCCUGAUCGGCACACUGGGGGUCUUUGCAUUGGAACGCUUCACGAAAGGUCAGGAGAAUAGCACGCUAAUUUUCACAAAGGAAAACACCAUUCGGAACUGCAGCUGCUCUGCAGACAUCCGGGACUGUGACUACAGCUUGGCUAACCUGAUGUGCAGCUGUAAAACUGUCCUGCCUUUUGCAGUAGAGCGAACAAGCUACAAUGGCCUUCUGACCAUCUGGUUCACAGACACAUCUGUGCUGGGCCGCCUGUUGAACUUCACGUUGGUCCACGACUUAAAGCUUUCCCUCUGCAGUACGAACACUCUCCCCACUGACUACCUGGCUAUUUGCGGUUUGAAGAGGCUUCGCAUCAACACCGAAGCCAAGCAUCCCUUCCCAGAGCAGAGCUUACUCAUCCACAGCAGUGGGGAUGGCAACUCCAAAGAGAAGCCUGUGUUGUCACACGAAGGCUGGCAAACAUGUAUGUAUAUCUCAUUGUUAGAUAUGGCUCUAUUCAAUAGAGACUCAUCCUUAAAAUCAUAUAGUAUUGAAAAUGUUGCCAGCAUUGUCAACAACUUUCCCGAGUUUUCUUACUUUAAAACCUUCCCAAUGCCAAGCAGCAAAAGCUGUGUUGUCACAUUCAUUUACUGACAGUGUAACUGUGUCCAGGCUCUGGGAACUUUGGCAAACGAUGGUUAUUUUUAGUAAGGAAUCUGGGAAUAAGGCCAUGAGAUAGGUAUCCCUAUACGUAUAGGAUAUAACUGCAAUAGCACCCUUCACCCCAAGCCCCAUUCACAACAGAGCCACACGUACAAAUAACCAGCUCUCUCUGCUCCACUCCACACCCAGCUGUGGGAGUGUUUUUGAAAAACAAAAUAAAAAGAAACCAAAAAGCCAACUUGAUUGCAUCCAGAGACAUGUCUUGAGAACCAGCUAGAGGCUCAAUCUUUGCCACUGGGAGCCUGUGGAGAAAUGGCGCAUCAGCAGUGGUGAAAGCAAAGCACAUCAGGGACUGUGCAGUGGAGCUCAGCAUAGGAGAUGACCCUCCAAGAAAGGAAUCUUAUUUCAAAAUACUGCCUUAAAUUUUUUCCGCUUCAUUUUGUGACAUCACCUGGAAUUCCCCUAAGUAGAGAAUGAUAGAUUUCGGAAGUUUGGGGACUGUGAAUUCCACAAAAUGAUUAGGUUC